AUAUUUCGUUAUUAUUUCUCACAGCAAAUGCAGAUCCUUUAGACUCAAAAAGAAGAGCAGCCACUUGGAAGAAAAAUAGACGACAGCUGGCUUAUUCAACAGUUGGUACACCAGACUACAUUGCACCUGAGGUUUUCCUACAAGCAGGGUAUACUAAGAGUUGUGAUUUCUGGUCACUGGGUGUAAUAAUGUAUGAAAUGUUAAUAGGAUAUCCACCGUUUUGUUCUGAAAGUCCUCAAGAAACAUAUAAAAAGGUUAUGAAUUGGAGGGAGACGCUUGUGUUCCCACCAGAGAUGCCCAUCUCCAAGAACGCGCAGGACUGCAUUCAACGGCUUUGUUGUGAUGAGGAUMAUAGACUCAGUACAGUUGAGGAAAUAAAAGCACAUCCUUUCUUUAAAGGGGUAGAUUGGAUACAUUUGAGGUAUAUAUGAUUGUAUGAUCACAUAUAAUGAUAGUGUUGAUGAUGAUG